AUGGCGUCUUUCUUACAUUCAGGUCCGGCUUCUUCAGCUUUGCGAAAGCAGGUUGUUGCUCUUCGCGUCAGCCCGGCACAGUCCAUGGCGUCUGUUCCAGCAUGUAGUUCAUUUUCCACAUUAUGUCCUCAGGCGAGGUUGCAAGCUUCACUUCGUCCUCAAUCAUCUCUCCCUACUCUCUCCAUCCGCCAAAGCCGCACCUUCCUCACUCAACUCCGCCGUCAAGCGCAAGCCCUGAAAGAGCAUUCCACCUCCGCAUCGGCAUCCCCGACACCAGCCAAAUCCGCAAAGAACCCUAGCCCUCCCCUCCAGCUUACCAACCUCCCUUACUUUGUUCGCCGUACUGCAUCCAACCAACUGCCCGUCUACGUUGACACAAAGGCUGGUGGUAACAAGCAGCUCACCAAGGUUCAAAAGACAGAAGGUGAUCUGGACGCACUCCGCAAUGACUUGGCUAUCGCGCUGGGCGUGACUGAUGUGCGCGGUAAACCCAACCCUGACGUGACCUUGAACCGACUUACUGGUCACAUCAUUAUCAAGGUAUGUUUGAAGUCCCAUGAUAUCAUAAUGUUACACCGCAACAUCAACUCACAUUAUGCAGGGCUGGCGGAAACCUGA